GCCGCCAUUGUGCCGAGGCAAAGGCCGCUGAAGUGUCACGAGUGCGACAGCGAUAGGGCGGGGCUAGGCCCCCCCCGUGACUGUGGCGGUGGCGGCGCUUGGCGUCCCGCUAGGCCUGCCACGGCUGCCGGGAACUUCCCGUGGCCCCGAUGACCUGCCUACUGAGCGCAUGCGGGGAGCGGCCGCCCCCGUUAGCCCCAGUGCAUGCCGGGAACUCCCAUCCCCACGGUGCUGUAUCCGUGAGGAGGCGCCUCCGGCGCCAGGCGGCGGUUCGUGGCCCUUUAAGGCUGUGAUCCCGCGAGAGGCGCAGUGGCCAAUGGGCGAGAGGGGGCGUGGCUCGGUGGGCCGGAGAACGGGAUGAAGGAGGAUAAGGAGAACACUAGGCCUAAAGAGAAGCGGGCGCCCGGGGGCCCCCUGGAUCUCCGGGGGGGCGGGGAGCCCGAGCGGCCUAAGGACAAGAAGGAGACGCUCAGCAAGGUGGUAAUUCGACGCUUGCCUCCCAGCUUGACUAAGGAACAACUUGAAGAACAUCUUCAGCCUUUGCCUGAACAUGACUAUUUUGAAUUCUUUGCUAACGAUUCCAGUUUGUAUCCUCACAUGUUUUCCAGAGCAUACAUCAACUUUAAAAACCAAGAAGACAUAGUACUGUUCAGGGAUCGCUUUGAUGGUUAUGUUUUUGUUGAUCACAAAGGUCAGGAGUAUGCUGCCAUAGUAGAAUUUGCACCUUUCCAAAAAUCUGCAAAAAAGAAGAAUAAGAAAAAGGAUGCCAAAACUGGGACUAUUGAUGAUGACCCAGAGUAUAAGAAGUUUUUGGAAAGUUACAGUGCAGAUGAUGAAAAGUUAACAUCGACUCCUGAAACACUACUAGAGGAAAUAGAGGCAAGAAACAAAGAGUUAAUAGCUAAAAAGACAACUCCCCUUCUGAACUUCUUGAAAAACAAACAGAGACUGAGAGAAGAAAAAAGAGAGGAGAGGAGAAGAAGGGAACUGGAAAGAAAAAGACAAAGAGAAGAAGAAAGGAGGAAAUGGAAAGAAGAAGAAAGAAGGAAGAGAAAAGAAGCAGAAAAACUGAAGAAAGUUGAUAAAUGCCCAGAGAAAGAAAGGGAUAAAUCAAAGGACGAACCAAAGAUUAAGCUACUUAAGAAACCAGAGAGAGAUGAAAGAGACUUGGAGAAAAAGGAAAAGUUCAAGAAACUGGAAAAAGAAAUUGUGAGGGAAGAAAAGGCUGCUGGCGCACUAAUCAGCGUGUCAGCCAAACGAUCCGAUGGAGAGACUAAAGAGGAGAAGGCAAAAAAAUCUGAAGAUGAAUAUGGAAAAGAUUACAGGGACCGGGAGAGAGACUUUGAAAGAGAGAGAGAAUAUGAGAGACUGCAGCGGGAGAAACAGAGACGCCAAGAUGAAGAGCGUCGUAGGCAGAAGGAACGCUUUGAGAAAGAAAAAGUUUUUAGAAAAAGAGAGGAAGAGGUGAAAAAGGAGAUAAACUCAUUCAGAGAGAAAGGAAGGAAAAGUGAGCUUCCAGACUUUACAGGCAACACAGAAAAAGCUGAGAAAAUAACCAAAGAUGACAAAAAAGAGGAUGCAGCUAAGAGAGAUCGCAUCAGAAAUAAGGAUCGUCCAGCAAUGCAGCUAUACCAGCCAGGAGUUAGAAGUCGAAGUAGACUGUGUUCUUAUGAAGACAUGGCUACAAAGUCUGUGGACCAAGGAGCAGAUAAACAGGAAAGUGAGACCAGUAAUACAAAAGAAGAGGAGUGAUUAGCAUACAGGCCUUAUGUGUUCUGAUUAUCGAAGCAGCCAAAGAGCAUGUACUACGCAAUCCAGAAGUGCCUUCAAAGAGAAGGAACAAAGGAAGAAGAGGGGACAUUGUGCUGUUGGAUGUUUCUGGUUAAAGAACCUCAGAAUUUGAAAUGUGUUCUCAUUGUUAUUGGAAUUUAUUUUCAUAGCAUCAGACUACAAUGGAGAAGAAAAUGUUUGCAGUUUGCAAAGUAGAAAAGCUUUUUGUGGCCUUACGUAUGAGAAAUGCGAGUCAUGUGGUCAGGAGGAUGACACCUGGAUCUAAAAGCAGAGCUUUUUUGUAAAGCAGACCUGAACCAGUGUUUGAUACACUUAAAAAGAGGAGCAAAGUUAAAGCUGCAGUUUUGCUCAAAAGCUAACA